GAGAGAGAGGAUCAUAGAGGAGAAAGCUCUCUGGCUACGACUUUUGUCGAAUUCACAUACCAACAUCUAAACCGAACCGGGGUCAGUGGACAAACGCUAAAAAAUAAAUAAAAACAACUGGAAAAUUGUAGGAUUAAAUGAUUUUAUGGAUUAAUUUUGAACCUUUUCUUUCGUCGAAAGAAAACAUUCUCAACUUGACUUCAUAGAAUCGUUACGCUGGUCACUCAAGAGGAGCCCAGAGGACUGGGAAAGAGAUGAAGACUCCGGAGGAGCCGCCCUACCUGACAGUGGGCACUGAUGUCAGCGCCAAGUACAGAGGUGCUUUCUGUGAGGCCAAAAUUAAGACUGCCAAGAGACUGGUCAAGGCCAAGGUGACCUUUAAGCCAGACCUGACCACAGCAGAGGUCCAUGAUGACAGCAUCCAAGGCCCUCUGAAGGUUGGUGCUGUAGUAGAGGUGAAGAACCCUGAUGGAGUGUACCAGGAAGCUUCCAUCAACAAGCUGACUGACUGCAGUAUAUACACUGUUGUGUUUGAUGAUGGUGACGAGAAGACACUGAGGCGUUCCUCUCUCUGCCUGAAGGGAGCACGUCACUUUGCAGAGAGCGAGACACUAGAUCGCCUCCCUCUCACCAACCCUGAGCACUUCGGCACUCCUGUCAUCGGCAAGAAGGGGAACCGGGGACGCAGGUCCAAUCCAGUUCAGGAGGAAGAGUCCUCUUCAUCGUCCAGUGAAGAGGAGGACAGUGACGGGAGACAGAACGAAGACCUGUAUGGGAAGGUGGUGUGUGUUGAGGUGGGCCCUGCCUCUACUGCAGACAGGAAGACCAAGACAACAGCAUGGUACCCUGCCCUGGUCAUCACCCCAGACUGCCAUGAAGAGGCCACCAUAAAGAAAGACACCGUCUUCGUUCGUUCCUUCAAGGAUGGCAAAUUCAACACAGUGCUGAGGAAGGACGUAACGGUGAUGGACACAGACUCUCCUCCUAAAGCUGACGCAGGGCUCAAGCCAGUGCUGGAUGCGGCUGUGGAGUUUGUGCAUCAGGGGGUGGUGCCCGGCUCCUGGAGGACUGAGGUGAAAGACGAGAGUUCCACAAGUGAGGAAGAUGAGGAGGAGGAAGAGCAGGAGGAAGAGGCCAGCGAAGAGGAGGAUGAGGAGGAAGUGGAGCCGUUCCCCGAAGAGAGAGACAACUUCCUGCAGCAGCUGUACAAGUUCAUGGAGGACAGAGGAACCCCCAUCAACAAGAAGCCCGUGCUGGGCUACAGGAACCUGGACCUCUUUAAGCUCUACAGACUGGUGCACCAACUGGGAGGCUUCCAUGAUUUCCCCCUGUGUCCUGAUGUGGAGUUCCCAGAGUUGAGAGUGGAUGUAUUGGAAGACUGUCUCAAGCCUGUGUCCUGUAUUGUUGUUAUGGUGUCUGGUAAGCAGAUUGAGAGUGGAUACCUGUAUGGAAGACUGUCUACCAAGCUCUGGGAAUCCCUCAGGUACCUGUAUGGGUUUGAGGAGUACUGCACCUCCUGCGCCAUCACUUUCCGCAUGGACCUUCCACUGAAGCAGCCCAAGGCAGAGGGGGCUGAGGGGGAGACGGGGGAGGCAGGGGGAGACAGUUCUGUCCCACCUGUAGCCUCUUCAAGCUCAGCAGAGGAGCAGAAACGGAAAGCCUGCUACUCUGAGAGAGAGAACCUGUGCUGCUCAGAGACCAGCAGCACUCAGCCCAUCGUCUGCAAGGAGGAGACUGAGCUCACCCGGAACAAACCAGAGCUGGAACCUCUGAAGGCUGAGCAGCAGAAGGCUGAGAGAGAAGGUGGUGAUGAUGAUGAUGAUGGUGUUGAUGAGGAAGGAAACGACCAUCACAAGCACGGCUCUGAUAAUGAAGACGGCCCUUCAUUUGCUCGCCUCAGAGAGGAGGGAGUGAAGCUGGAGCCUUACGAUGAGGAGCAGGAGGCUGGGAAGGAGGAGGACAUUUCUGGCUCUGGGGAUGAGAGCUGCAGUCAGGAGGGCGAUGGUGGUGAUGAGGAUCUGGGGGAGGAAGGGGAGGAGUUUGAGUGUUACCCCCCGGGGAUGAAGGUGCAGGUGAGGUAUGGGCGUGGUCGCAGCCUGAAGACGUACCAGGCCACUGUGAAAGAGGCUGACGUGGAGGGGGGAGAGGUGCUCUACCUGGUUCACUACUGUGGCUGGAACGUCAGAUAUGAUGAGUGGGUCAAAGCUGACAAGAUUGUCCGUCCGGCCAAUAAGAAUGUUCAGAAGAUCAAGCACCGCAAGAAAAUAAAGAACAAAGCGGAGAGAGAGCGCAACCGCCUGGAGCAACUGAACGAGGACCUGGGGAGUCCGUCCCCCAACAGACUACGUGUCCCCCGCCCCUCCUCCAAAUCCCUCGGCCCCUGCUCUGCCCAUGAGCGCCAUGUCUUCUCCAAGAUGGAGGACGGUGAGAACCAAAGGACUCAGACUCUGCAGUCUCCAGUCAAGUCUAUUGAAAUCACUUCUAUCCUCAAUGGCCUGCAAGCCUCAGAGAGUUCAACAGACGAGUCUGAUCAGGAUGGUGGGUGUGAGGACGACGAUGACCAUCCAGGUUCAGGGGGUCGCGGCAGUCUCAGAAAGGGGGGUCCCCCCAAACCCCUUCACGCCUUAGACCGCUGGGAGGGUACCGCCUCUACCGAUGUCCCCAAACCACCAUUGGUCACAGGGAAGAGCCAACAACCAAUCAGCGUCGAGACCCCGGAGUCUGGGAAGCGGCGUAGCCAACUAGAAUUUGAGGCUGAGAGGGAGGGGCCAGGUAGCUCCGCCUGCAGGAAGAGGAAGUCAGAAGGAGUGGCAGGGGAGCAACAGACCUCUAAAGGACCCCCGUCCAAAACCAAGCUCCCAACCAGGAGCACCAGGAGCGCAGACUGGCUGCCGGGAAGCUCCAACAGGAGGGCCCAGGAGAGAACAGGAGGUCUAGGGGAAGACAGAGGAGGAGCAGGAGGUUCCUCUAGCAGCAGCUCAGAUGACGGAGGUGCACCUCCCACUGAGCCCCACCAGGCCGAUGGAGACCGACUCAGCUCCCGUCCCAAACCUUCCCCCUCUAAGAAGUACAACGGCAUGAAGGACAAGGGUGGCACCGGUGGUGGAGGCGGCGCCCGCCCUGCGGGAUUCUGGGAGAUCCCUGAGAAGAGGGCUAAGAUGGCAUCCAGCAGCGUGGAGGAGAGGGAGAGAGAGAGAGCGAGACCGGCGGGUGGCAGUCGUACCAAGGGCCAGAAGGAUGUGUGGUCCAGUAUUCAGGCCCAGUGGCCCAAGAAGACCCUGAAGGAGCUGUUCUCUGACUCCGACACAGAGGCUGCUAACUCCCCUCCUCCGCCUGGACCGGCCCAGUCCUCAUCAUCAUGCCACGAGGAGAGGGAGAGCAGGGGGGAGCGGGAUGGAGACGAGGCAGGAGUUGGAGGCCCGGAGAGGGAGAGCAGGGGGGAGCGGGACGGGGAGGGAGACGAGGCAGGAGGAAGAGGCCUGGAGAGGGAGAUUAGGGGGGAGCGGGGCGGAGAGGGAGACGAGGCAGGAGGAGGCCCGGAGAGGGAGGACCAUGACCUGUCAGAGGAGAACCAGGGGCAGGAGAAGAGGAGGAGUGAGCAGGAGUUCCCCUCCAGUGGAUCUAACUCAGUUCUCAACACCCCUCCCACCACCCCAGAGUCCCCAUCCAUGGGACAUAGCAGUAGUGGGGCCAUGGCGCAAGGGGCUGGAACUGGCUCUAACCGGACUCAGCCCUCCUGUCCUCCCCUGUCUGUAACCCCUGCUCUGGGUACAACGCCCUCCUCUGACCCCUUGGCUCCGGGGCGCCCCAACACCCUGGCAGAGGAAGGUGGUUGUGGUCGCAGUGAGACAGACAGCAGUACAGUGGAGGUGGAAAGUCUAGGAGGGGAGCUGCAGGACCAGGACUUACCCCCAGACCAGGAGCAGGGAGAGCCCCACCACCAUGGGGGGGCAGGAUCCCCCUCCUCGCAGAGUAAAGUCUCCCUCCUAGACGGUCCAGGUAGCCUGUCCUCCUCUCACAGCCACUCCAACUCUACCUGCAGUCUGGAGCUCAGUAGUAGCAGUCGGCACGACAACACUGAACACAAAGCCAAAGUGUCUGCCAGCCACAAGCGUCAGAAGGAACAGCAGGCAGGUGGAGCAGCAAAGAAACCCAAGCCAAACAGAAAGAGCUCAGUGCCUCCCAAGAAGAACAAUAACAGAAAAGCUGCCCACAGCAGUGACAGUGAAGACCAGUCAUUGGGCGAGAGCACAGCCAAGUCUUCAGUCUCCAAGACCCAUGGUGCAGCAGACAUGAAGGGGUCCAUCUCGCCCAAGUGUCCCGGCCUGGGACAGGGACGCACCCCUCCAUCCAGCCAGAAGUACCACAAGCAGCAUGGUGACCCUGACCACCAUCACCAUCUUCACAGUCGGGAACAUCACCGGGAGCCGGACCUGGACAAGAUGUCUAGUCUGGAGAGGAUCUCCUUCCUCCAGGAGAAGCUGCAGGACAUCAGGAACCACUACCUGUCCCUCAAGUCUGAGGUGGCCUCCAUCGACCGACGACGCAAACGCAUCAAGAAGAAGGAGCGAGAGAGUACGGUGGCAGCAUCUUCCUCCUCUUCCUCGUCCCCGUCCUCCAGCUCUCUAACAGCAGCAGUGAUGUUGACGCUAGCCGACACUCCUGUGUCGUCCUCUUCCUCCUCUCAGAACUCUGUGGUGUCUGUAGAGUGUAGGUGACAGGACAACCCCUCACCCCUCCCAACCUUCCGAGGCCCAGGACACAGCACUGAGCACUUAACCAGCACCACCCUGGUCCCCAUCCCAAAAUACCCCCAACACCCACCAAGGCCCCAUCCCUACCACUAACGCCUCCACUCCAAAGCCUCAGUACAUCCCCACCUCAAACCGGAGAGCACCCAGGCAUCAAUGCCCCCACUUAAACCUCCCCUCUUAUCCAUGCCUCUCCACCCCAGAGCCCCUUUCCAACAGUUUGGCCUCGUCACCCCUACUCCCAACUCCCUCCCAGCAGGACAGACAACACAAUCUCUAUACUGGAACAACCACAGGGAUACAGCAACACAGACAACCAGACCAACAAGACAAAACAAACACUAUUUUCUAUCCACAGCUGUUUCCUUGGCAAGCUAAUUGCACUUAAGUGCACUUUUAUGAAGAUUUUGAGGGGGAAGAGAAUACGACCAACCAAAAAAAAGAAAGAAAUUUGAUUGAUAAACAUUUCUAAGAGUUGUUUUCUUCAAGCAAUAGUGAUUCUUUCCAUCUCGAGGUAGUUUAGAUUGGGUUGACGACGGUGUGUACUGUGUCAUCAAGGUCCUUGUCCUAUGGAGCCCUGUGUAUGUAGUGGCUGUCAAAGGGAAAUGUGCAAGGCUCAAAGUCACAUGAUGAUGUACAUACUAAAACAUACGCUUGUAGUGCGUGUACUGUUGGAACACAUGCAUUUCUCUCUCUGUCCGUCUUCACUUCUUUAAGCUACCACGCCUUUCGAAUGGUACUCUUAUCUUGACCCGUGACCGUGGUCUGUAAGCGCUGUGUGGAGGAGAGAGAGGCUUCGUAUGUCGGCUCACUGUAGAGAUCCAGAGAAGUGACUUUGAAGCCAUGAAGCUGAUGAACACGAGACUACUGUUAGGGCCUUGUUGUUGUGUCUAACCCUGAGACACCUCUUAAGAGGGAACAUUCCCCCUCCUGUCCGACUCUCUUAGCCCUGAUGGUUCUUAGAAAUUAAAAACGGUCCGUCUUUCAGAGGCAUGAGUGACAGACUGCUCCGGCCAGGCCUGUGACUGUGUACAUGACAGAUAUUUCUAGCAAGAUAUUCAUGUGAUCAUAUUGAUAUUCCUAAUGAUUGUAGAGGUGGAGAGUACUAAUCUCUUUCUGUCAGACAGGAUCUAAUGUCUAUAGGAAUGAGUCCCAAAAUGGAACCCUUUUUACCUAUAUCGUGCACUACUUUCUAUGGGCUCUGGUGUAAAGUGUAGUGCACGAUAUAGGGAAUAGGGUUCCAUUUGGAACACAACCCUUAGUCUGCUCCUUAAUAAGGUCCCCAGUUAAUAUGGCAGUAUAUACAUACAUGUGUAAUGAUGGAGAUGUCUGGCAGGUUGAAGGAAACCUUAAUGGAGAGCGUUGUAUCUUGUCUUUUCAACUCAUGCUUCUUGUAUUUCUAAUCAGUGUUUUUAUCACGCCGUUCAGAUGAUCUACAUUAGACGCUCCAGAUGGAGAAGAAAGCACCCUCUGAAUUAAAUGACAAACUGCCAAGGGGAUCUACACAGCAUUCUGCAUUAAAAAAAAUAUGCUGAACUAAAAUAGAAAAGCAACAUGCAACAAUUUCAAACAUUUUGACCGAGUUACAGUUCAUUUAAAGGAAAUCAGUCAAUUGAAAUUAAUUCAUUAGGCCCUAAUCUAUGGAUUUCACAUGACUGGGAAUACAGAUAUGCAUCUGUUGGUCACAGAUACCGUAAAUGAAAAAAGGUAGGGUCGUGGAUCAGAGACCCAGUCAGUAUCUGGUGUGACCAGAUCCUCAUGCAGCGAGACACAUCUCCUUCACAUAGAGUUGAUCAGGCUGUUGAUUGUGGCCUGUGGAAUGUUGUCCCACUCCUCUUCAAUGGCUGUGUGACGUUGCUGGAUAUUGGUGGGAACUGGAACAUGACGAUCCAGAGCAUCCCAAACAUGCUCAAUAGGUGACAUGUCUGGUGAGUACGCAGGCCAUGGAAGAACUGGGACAUGCUGUCAUACACAUCGAUCCAGAGCAUCCCAAACAUGCUCAAUGGGUGACAUGUCUGGUGAGUAUGCAGGCCAUGGAAGAACUGGGACACUUUCAGCUUCCAGGAAUUGUGAACAGAUCCGUGCGACAUGUGGACGUGCAUUAUCAUGCUGAAACAGGAGGUGAUGGCGGCGGAUGAAUUGAUACGACAAUGGGCCUCGGGAUCUCGUCAUGGUAUCCCUGUGCAUUCAAAUUGCCAUCGAUAAAAUGCAAUUGUGUUCGUUGUCCGUAGCUUAUGCCUGUCCAUACCAUAACCCCACCGCCACCACGGGGCACUCUGUUCACAACGUUGACAUCAGCAAACCACUCGCCCACACGACGCCAUACACGUGGUCUGCGGUUGUGAGGCCGGUUGGACAUACUGCCACAUUCUCUAAAACGACGAUGGAGGCGGCUUAUGGUAGAGAAAUUAACAUUAAAUUAUCUGGCAACAGCUCUGGUGGACAUUCCUGCAGUCAGCAUGCCAAUUGCACGCUCCCUCAAAACUUGAGGAAUCUGUGGCAUUGUGUUGUUUGACAAAACUGCACAUUUUAGAGUGGCCUUUUAUUGUCCUCAGCACAAGGUGCACAUGUGUAAUGAUCAUGCUGUUUAAUCUCCUUGAAAUGCCACACUUGUCAGGUGGAUGCAUUAUCUUGGCAAAGGAGAAAUGCUCACUAACAGGGAUGUAAACAUUUGAGAGAAAUAAACAUUUCUGGGAUCUUUUAUUUCAGCUGAAAUAUGGGACCAACACUCUA